UUUCUAAUCUUGCCCCUGCAUUCCUGUGUUGUUUGCCUAUAAGUUCAGGCCUCUCGGCCUCACCUCCUUUGGGGCUGCCUCAUGUUCAUCACACCUCUGCUGCGCCAGCCUUACGCGCCACGUCUCGCAGAACCUCUCCUUGCCCUGCCCUGCCCGGCAUCCUCCCGUCAGUGCCCGCCAGUGGUGCAGCUGCCCUAUCAUGAGCCACGCGGCAACCAGGAGAGCUGGGUUAAUAGGUUUGGGACCCUUGAGCUGAGCCUCUUGCUACCGCCACCCUCCCCCAUUGCACACCCAGCUGCCUAAUUAAACUGAGCUCUUUGGGGCAGGGCCCACCCGGAUCUGGGUCUGCACAACCCUGGUGCACUAAUCAGGGUGCUCUCUGCAGCCAUCCAUAAGGGACAGCCCCCAGCUGAGUGGGCGGGACUGUGGAGCUGUGACCCACCCUUGCCCCUGCCUGAGUGGGGCUGGCUGGUGUGCAGGGCCCACUGGAAUCGGGCGCGUAGGCCUGUCCCUUACCAAUGCCCUGCGGCGGGUGGGGGGGCUGUCCCAGAGCUUCCCCUGGGCCUUGUGUCCGCCCUGGCGUGUGCUCCAUUGAAUGUGGGAGCCCUGGUGCGGUGACCAGGGGGCAGCUUUGCUGCAUGUAGACGCCCUAUCCAGAGACUCUCCUGGGCUGCCCCAUGUUGCCAACAGGAAACUUCUGCACCCACCGAGGCACAAGAAGGGUUUGUUCGGAGUGCUGUCGUCCCCUGUCAGUGGGGGAGCAUAUCCCACCCCUCCUGCAGUCCAGUGGGCUCUGCAUAGCGGCUCCCUGGCACAGACGGAGACCUGGCUCGGGCCCCCCUGGCACAGUUGUGGGUUGCAGCAUGUGUCACAGGCCAGGCCCGUGGCGGCAACGGGAAGCCUGGGUUAGCAGUGGCUGGGUUGGUGCUGCCCGGGCCCAUGGUGUCUGUGUCGCCCUGUGUGUGGCACGUUCCUUAACCUCUGGGGCCAAGGCAGGUCAAGUCCCCCUUCCCGGACGCUGGUUCGGGGGAGGGAAGGAGAAGCGUGAUCAGCAAACUCCCUUUCUCUCCACCCACGACAUAUAUCCCGGGGCCACCCGCUGCAGAGCUGGGAGGACACAUGCUCACACACAUCCCUCUCCCGGGCCCCACCCUGCCUUAUCCUGCUCCUGUGUGGGGGAUUAGGAAUUAGCCUCUUUAGAGCACCACGUGGCUGCUGGAGCUGCAGAGGGCUGGGAUGUCCCCUGGGCAGGGGAGGGGGUUCUGGAGGACCAGAGAGGCCCAUCCGAAGGCUGGCUGUCGGCUGUUCUGGUCUGUAUAGGUUUUAUACUGUGCUUGUCCCUGCUGCAUCUGGGCCCCUUCCAGUGGGGCAUUCAGCCAAGUGACUCCACAUCUGCCACGUGUUCGUUCUCUUGUCCGCUCCCCAAGGGAAGGGGCACGUGCUGCAGGGAGUCUGGAUUUGGGUCUAUUUUAAUAAUAUAAAUGUGCCUGUUGCUGUGUGUGCCUUGGAGGAGGCGGGUCGAGAAAACAUGCCUGAUGCUUGGAGGCUCGUGAGAGUCCUUCGUUCAUGGGGGUUCUGCUGGGGUUCCCCAUAACCUGGGAUGUCCCCUCACUUACCUCUGCCCCAGCUAUUCACCCCCGCAAUUCUCUUGGUGCCAUGACAUUCUCUGCGGGGAGGGAAUCUCCAUGCUUGGAGCUGAAGCUGAGACCUGGACGCGGUACAUCAGUACGGAGCUGGGCAUCCGGCAGCGGCUCUUUGUGGGUGUGCUCACCUCCAAGAACACGCUGAACACGCUGGCUGUGGCCGUGAACCGCACACUGGGGCAUCGGCUGGAGCGGCUGGUGUACUUCACGGGCAUGCGGGGCCGCAAGGUGCCGCACGGCAUGACAGUGGUGACGCAUGGCGACGAGCGGCCCAUUUGGAACAUGUACCAGACCAUCAAGUACAUGCUGGACCACUACGUGGGCGACUUCGACUGGUUCUACCUGGUGCAGGACGACACCUACACUGAGGCCCAUCGCGUCAGCCGCCUGGUCGCCCACCUCAGCAUCGACACCCUCCUCUACCUGGGCCGGCCUGAGGAGUUCAUUGGUGGCGACACCGAGGGGCGCUACUGCUACGGUGGCUUCGGCUACCUGCUGUCCCGCAGUCUGCUGCUGCGCCUGCAGCCCCACCUGGAGAACUGCCGCAACGACAUCCUGAGCGCCCGGCCCGACGAGUGGCUGGGGCGCUGCAUCAUCGACUACACGGCAAUCAACUGCGUUGAGGAGCACGAGGGCCUGCGGUACCAGUACUUUGAGCUGGGGAAGAACACGGACCCGGAGCGGGAGAGUGACCCCCGUUUCCAGAGCGCGUUCACUGCCCAUCCCGUGCUGGACGCUGUCCAGAUGUACAGGUUGCACAAGCACUUUGCCCAGGUGGAGCUGGAGAGGACCUAUCAGGAGAUCCAGCAGCUCCAGCUGGAGAUCCAGAACACCAGCAGCCUGUCUGCGGACGGAGACCACGGCGCCAUAUGGCCUGUGGGCAUCACACCCCCGUUCCAGCCCAAGACGCGCUUCGAGGUUCUGCGCUGGGACUACUUCACGGAGGAGCAGUUGUACUCGUGCGUGGAUGGUUCCCCCAAGUGCGAGCUGCAUGGCGUGGACAUGGCUGACGUGGCCGACGUGGUAGCCAUGGCCAUGGAGGAGCUGAACCGCAAGUACCAGCCCGUGCUGCACAUCCGCAAGCAGCAGCUGGUGAACGGGUACCGGCGCUUCGACCCCACACGGGGCAUGGAGUACACGCUGGACUUGCAGGUGGAGGUGGUGACGCAGAAGGGGCACAGCCGCUCGGUCAUCAAGCGCGUGCACCUGGUACGGCCCCUCAGCGAGGUGGAGAUCAUCCCCAUGCCCUACGUGACUGAGGCCAGCCGCAUCAACGUCAUCCUGCCGCUGACGGCGCAUGACCGGGACCACGCUAGCCACUUCCUGGAGGUGUACGCGGCGGCCGCCUUCGAGAGCAGCGAGAACGCCGUGCUCACCUUCCUCUUCAUCUACGACCCCUUCGAGGCCCAGCAGGUGGCACAGAACGACAUCUUCGCCCCGGUCAAGGCCAGGAUCACAGAGUACGAGCGCAAGUACGCCGAGUUGAAGAUCCCCUGGAUCAGCGUCAAGACAGACGCGCCCUCCCAGAUCAAGGUCAUGGACAUCAUCUCCAAGAAGCACCCCGUGGACACGCUUUUCUUCGUGGCCAGCGUGGACACUGAGGUUACCACUGACUUCCUGAACCGCUGCCGCAUGAACACCAUCAACAGCUGGCAGGUCUUCUUCCCCAUCCACUUCCAGGGCUACAACCCGGCCAUCGCCUACCACAACCAGGCGCCGCCCGCCACCCUGGAUCUGAUGCGGGACGCUGGGCGCUUUGACCGAGACAUCUUCCACGAGGCCUGCUUCUACAAUGCCGACUACAUGGCUGCGCGCACCCGCAUGGCGGGCGACGUGCAGGAGAACGAAGACAUCUUGGAGACCCUGGACAUCUACGACAUGUUCAUCAAGUACUCCAGCCUGCACGUCUUCCGAGCCAUGGAGCCCGCCCUCCUGCAGCGCUACCGGCAGCACGUCUGCAACCCCCGCCUCAGCGAGGAGAUCUACCACCGCUGCAUGCAGAGCAACCUAGAGGGGCUGGGCUCCCGCUCUCAGCUGGCCAUGGUGCUCUUCGAGCAGGAGCAGGGCAACAGCACCUGAGCUGCAGGAGGGGCUGGC